CCCCCGCCGCCAGCACCCCCUACGCGCCGGCCCUGCCACUUCCGCAACCUGGACCAGAUGGUGCAGAGCCUUGUGAGCCACUGCACAUGCCCGGUGCAGUUCUCCAUGGUCAAGGUGUCUGAGGGGAAGUACCAAGUGGGAGACUCCAACACCCUCAUCUUCAUCCGGAUCCUCCGGAACCAUGUGAUGGUGCGUGUGGGGGGCGGCUGGGACACACUUGGCCAUUAUCUGGACAAACACGACCCCUGCCGAUGCACGUCUCUCUCGCACAAGCCAGGCAGCUUCCUGAAGCCCCCAGCCCCACCGGUGCAGCAUGAAGUGCAGGUGCAGGAUGGACCCUCGCCAGCGCAGCCUACGAUGACCAUCAGCCGUUCCCAGAGCCCGCUGCCCCCUGUGGACUGGAGGAUGUACACCUCUUCAGGCCGAAAGUUGAGACCCCUUACCCCCUCCUCCCCUAGACCCCACAGUGAGUGGGGAGCAGGGGUAGGGGCCCUCAGAGAGACGGCACCAUUCCUGAGGUGCCAGGAGAGGACUCUCACCUCGUCUCAGAAGCAACUACCAGCUAGGGACAGCCCACCCAGCCUCCAGUCUUCAUCCCAUAGGGGCCAAGACCCACAGUGUACCUCAAGAAAGAGAGAGAACAGACACCCCACUGAACUCUCCAGGGGAAGGACUCCCAUAUCUUGGGUUCAUAAGGAGACAGAUAGCUGGGGAACCCAUGCCAGGGCCCCCACUCCCCAGAGACUUCGAGCCCCGGAGGCCACCACCAGAGGGACAUCAGCAAGAGGACCAUCUCCCCUGCCUCGAUCCUCGAGCCCAGCCAAGCCCCUGAGCCUCAGGCUGCCAAGCCAGGAUGAGGCUGAGGGUGCUUCUCCCCAGCUCGAGGAACCAGCAUCUGUGCAUUCUCCAUCCUCUAUUAAAGGACUCACCAAGAUUCCUGUCCAGCUGCCCCCUGCCUGCCCUCCCACAUCGGGAAGAAGCUUUCUAGGUACUGCAAGUACAGGUCCCAUAACAGAACUGGGGAGAGGCCCCAUCCCAUCAAGGGCCAUCAUUGGAGACCUGUCUGGGUCCAGAUAUGGGGACUGCUCUGUGGAAGUGAGGCAGGGGUACCAGAAGCCAGACAUCCAGGUCUCAGUGGAGGCUGGAGAGCCCCAGGGCCUGGGCCCACAGGAGCAGGAGGGGAGGUACACUCCCCUGCCCCUGGGUAGGACCCACGAGCAAGCCAUCUAUCAUACCCUUGAAGAGGAGAUUUUGGCCAACAUGAAGCUGCUAGAGGUGGGGGGAACCCGUCCCCUGUGCACAGAGUCUGGGGUCAUUCCUCGCAGUGGAGUCUAUGUCCCCAGCCUGGGUGGGAGGUGGCCUGAGCCUGGAGGUCCUUAUGACAAAGUCAUCCAAGAACUGGCUCAGGGACGCCCACCCCUCCUUAAAGUGGAACUGGGAGCCUGGAAGGCAGCCUCUACAGGCUCCCCUAAGCCAGCUGUUAACACAGGUCCAGAAAGCCCAAAAGGUAAACUGGGAGCCAGAGAGAGUGGACCAAGGACAAAAGCAGGACUGGGUGCCAAGAGCAACGGGAUGAAGGUCCCACCUCAAGGAGGGCAGGACUGCUCAGCCCCUACUGUGUCUGCCAGCCCGGAGGCCCCCACAGCUUCACACUUGGACUUCGGUUCUGACAAAGCCAAGACAUGUCAGGUCAAGGGCAAGAGAAUACUCCGGAAGCCCCAAAGGGUCCCAUCCAUCUACAAGCUGAAGCUGAGGCCCAGGAUCCGGCCCCGGAAAGAUCACAGGCCCGAGAAGCGGCCUUCACGAAUCCCCAAGCCUCUGGCUUACCUCCGCCUGGGCCCAGCCAGGGCCGCCCCCAGGGGCAGGCUGCUGAGAGCUGCGCUGUCCAGCAAGGGAGGGGAGCCAUGCCGGGUGGAGGGAGCUUCAGCAGGUGAGAAGGAGGGGGAAGAAAAGAAGAAAGAGGCAGCUGCCUCCCUGGAGAGCAACCCCCAGCCUCCGGAGGGCCUGGGGCCUCAGCAGCUUGAUGAAGGCCCACUCCCACCUGAGGAGGAGUCCUGGGUCUGA